AUGUCAAACUGUUCAACUUUCCGGCACCGGGAUUUCCUCAAUCUGCUCACUUUUUCUUUCUUGUUCUUGUGCAUUUCUUUCUCCGAAGCCAAUGAACUUGAAGCACUUUUGCAAUUCAAAGCCACUCUGGAAAAAUCAAACUCAAAUGCUUUUGAUACAUGGACAGAAGAGAAUGCCAUAUGCAACUUCACAGGCAUAGUCUGUGAUUCUAAUCAAAACGUGAAAGAAAUCAAUCUGGCGGGACAGAAUUUGUCCGGAACUGUCUCUUUUGAUUCAAUUUGCUCCCUGGAAUCACUUCAAAACCUCUCUCUUGGAUCAAAUUUCUUGUAUGGUAGAGUCAGUGAUCAUUUGUCUAAUUGCACCAGCUUGCAGUUUUUGGACUUGGGUAAAAAUUAUUUUUCCGGCGAAGUUCCAGAUUUUUCUUCUCUAUACCAGUUGGAGUUGUUGAAUUUGAAUGGGAGUGGAUUUUCUGGUCUAUUUCCAUGGAAAUCACUGGAAAAUCUUACGGGGUUAACUUCCUUGAGUUUAGGCGACAAUAUUUUUGAUAAAAGUCCAUUUCCAUUGGAGGUACUGAAACUUCAGAAAUUGCAAUGGCUAUACCUCACAAAUUGCAGCAUUGAAGGGCAAAUUCCAGAAGGAAUCGGAAAUCUCACACUGCUUGAAAAUCUCGAGCUUUCGUAUAAUCUUUUGUUUGGAAAAAUCCCUGAUGGAAUCACUAAAUUAACGAAGCUUUACCAGCUUGAACUUUACACCAAUGGCCUGACAGGAAAAAUUCCAGAGGGAUUCGGAAAUCUCACCAGCCUGGUUAACAUCGAUUUUUCGACUAAUAAACUUGAAGGUGAUAUUUCAGAGCUCAAAUUCUUAACUCAACUCAAAUCCCUGCAGCUUUUCGAAAACCAAUUUUCGGGUGAAAUUCCUGUUGAAUUCGGCGAUUUCAGGUUCCUCGAAGAACUCUCACUAUACAAUAACAGUUUCACUGGCCCUCUUCCAUUGAAGAUCGGUUCGUGGGCAGAGUUCAAAUAUGUGGACGUUUCUGAGAAUUUUUUAAGUGGCCCUAUCCCACCUGAUAUGUGCAAGCAAGGAAAAUUGCAAGAACUUCUAGUGCUCCAAAACAAUUUCUCUGGUCUAAUACCUGAAAACUAUGCUAAUUGUUUGUCCUUGACUCGUUUACGGAUGAACAACAAUUCACUUUCAGGUGUAGUCCCGAGAGGAAUUUGGAGUUUACCGAGUUUGAGUAUAAUUGAUCUCACUUGCAAUCAAUUUGAAGGUCCAGUGACAUCAAAUAUUGGUGAAGCAAAGUCUCUUGCACAGUUAUAUUUAGCCAACAAUAAAUUCUCAGGUGAACUACCUGAUACAGUAUCAGAAGCUUCUUCAUUGGUGGCGAUUAAUCUCAGUUCGAAUCAGUUUCGUGGUAAUCUUCCAGCAAAUCUCGGGGAAUUGGAGAAACUUAGCAGUCUUCACUGUGAGUAUAAUUUGUUUUCUGGGAUUAUACCAGAUUCAAUAGGGUCAUGUGUUUCUUUAAAUGAAAUUAAUUUAGCGAGCAAUUCACUCACCGGGGAAAUUCCGGCAAGCCUUGGAUCACUCCCGAGUUUGAACUCCCUAAACGUAUCUGAUAACAAACUUUCUGGUGAAAUUCCAGCCCGUCUUUCAUCAUUAAAGCUAAGCCUUCUUGAUUUGUCAAAUAAUAAUUUGGUUGGUCAAGUUCCCGACUCAUUAGCAAUAAGCGUGUUUAAUAGUAGUUUUGAUGGAAAUCCCGGACUUUGUAGUCAGAAUAUAAGAAAUUUCAGGCCAUGUUCCCCAAAUUCUGGCACGUCUACAGAGUCCAGAACGUUUAUCAUUUGUUUCACAGCAGGUGCAAGUAUCAUAAUUUUGUCACUUGCAUGUUUCAUAUACAUGAAGUUUUGGUACAAUAAUCAGGAUACUUCAAUUAAUCGACAUGACUCUUGGGAUAUGAAACAUUAUCAUGCGUUGAGCUUUUCUGAAGAGGAAAUACUAAGGGAACUCAAGACAGAAAAUUUGAUUGGCAAAGGUGGAUGCGGAAAUGUGUACAAGAUUGUCCUCCAUAACGGGAAACAAUUAGCCGUAAAACACAUUUGGAAGUCUGCAUAUGGUGAUGGGACGAACUUCAGGAGCAGCUUGGGGAUGCUGGCAAAAGGCAAGGUCUAUUCACCUGAGUAUGAAGCAGAAGUGACCACAUUAAGCUCGGUUAGACACGUGAAUGUGGUGAAAUUGUACUGCAGCAUCAUGAGUGAAGAUUCGUAUCUGCUCGUUUAUGAAUUCUUGCCUAAUGGGAGCUUAUGGGACAGGUUACAUGGGAGUCAGAGAAUCAAGAUGGACUGGACAGUGCGAUAUCAAAUUGCGCUGGGUGCAGCCAGGGGACUCGAGUAUCUCCACCAUGGCUAUGACAGACCGGUUAUACACCGUGAUGUGAAGUCCAGCAACAUUUUGUUGGAUGAGCAAAUGAAGCCGAGAAUUGCUGAUUUUGGGCUCGCUAGGAUUUUGCAGUUUGAUGCUGCAAGACACUCAACUAAUGUCAUAGCAGGAACACUUGGCUACAUCGCUCCUGAGUAUGCAUACACAUCAAAGGUGAAUGAAAAGGGUGACGUCUAUAGCUUUGGCGUGGUUCUGAUGGAGUUGGUAACCGGAAAGACCCCAAUUGAGCCUGGGUUUGGGGAGAACAAAGACAUUGUCCAAUGGGUAUGCAGCGCGAUGAGGAACAAAGGUAGCCAAAUUAAUAUAGUGGAUUCGAGCAUUUCUGAGGCAUUGAGAGAAGACGCUCUACAGGUGUUGAGAAUUGCAAUUCAUUGCACUGCUAGAGUUCCAGCACUAAGACCUAACAUGAGAAUGGUAGUGCAAAUGCUAGAAGAGGUCGAACCAUGUAAAUUAACCGGCAUAGUUGUCGACCUAGAGGCUGACAAAGGUAAGAAUCAAGGACAUGUUCAAUAG